CUUCUGGUUUUCCGUACCUUACAAAAAAGCGAAUGUAAGCAGAGUGAUUGCUAACUUUAUUAGCUUCUCUGUUGACAUUGAGGUAGGUUGUCGCGAUUCGCUUCUUUAUUGGAUUAAAUAUAAGCGGGUUAUCAUCAUCAUCAUCGUCAUCAUGUUGACGGGAAAACGCCUUGCUGACAUAGGAUACCGUGCUUUUUCUGCCUCCAUGAUGCUGCUGACGGUGUACGGAGGCUACCUGUGUUCGGUGCGAGCGUACCGCUACAUGCAGAGACAGAAACAGCUGAAAGUGGCUGCGGAGACCCAGGAUGCUGAAAUCAUCAAGGACUGACUCGCACAGAGUGCUCUCUUCAACGUACAUAUGGACACGUCCCUCUCCUCUUUCUUGUGUGCAUUGCUAACAAACAGCCUGUUCUCUUCUGGAGUCUGGAAUUAUUCAAUGGUUGCUUCACAAACCCAAGUUGGUUUGUAAAAAUAUUUCAUCAAGCCAAUUUAAACCUUUCUUUUAUUGUUUUGCCUUUAAUUCAGGUGACAAUGUUUCAGUAAAAAAUAUGUCUGUAAUUGUUUGUGCUUUAUUGUAAAACACUUUUGGUCACAGUUUAUAUUGUUUUUCACCAUGUGGCAAAAUCCUGUUUUUAAAAACAAUUUAUUUUAAAAUACAUUUGUACAAGGCACUCAAGUGAGAACACAGUAAACAGUGGUCCUCAAACCUG